GACGGUUUUGAGAUUAUCUCUGGCUCUCUCAAGAGUUUUAACUUUUACCUUGAAAUUUUGAGUCUUUCCCAUAACCUCAUAGUGUCGACAUGGUUUGCGAGAAAGAUCCCUUGGUACAAAAAGUUUGUGAGUUGUACGAGAAAAUCUCAAGCCUUGAGAGUCUCAAACCUUCGAAGGAUGUCAACAUGCUCUUCACACAACUUGUUCUCACAUGCAUGCCACCAAGCCCUAUCGAUGUUUCCAAGCUUUGCAAAAGAAUUCAAGAAAUGAGGUCUAAGUUGAUUCGACUAUGUGGAGAAGCCGAGGGACUCUUGGAGAACCAUUUCUCAACCAUCUUAGGAUCCUAUGAAAACCCUCUUCACCAUCUCAACAUUUUCCCCUACUAUUCUAACUAUCUUAAGCUUAGCCAACUUGAAUUCGAUAUUCUUAGCAAACACUGCUCAAAUGUCCCUAGCAAAGUUGCCUUUGUGGGUUCUGGUCCGCUUCCUCUCACCUCAAUUGUGUUGGCUUCUUUCCAUCUUACCACCGCCUCUUUCCACAACUAUGAUAUUGAGCCUUCCGCUAAUUCCAAGGCUCUUCAAUUAGUUUCAUCCGAUCCUGAUUUAUCCGAACGGAUAUUCUUUCACACCUCAGACAUAAUGGAUGUUACAAAUGCUUUGAAAGACUAUGAAGUUGUUUUCUUGGCGGCGCUUGUCGGGAUGGACAAGGAUGAGAAAGUUCGAAUCAUUGAUCAUUUGGCUAAGUACAUGGCCCCUGGGGCUCUUUUGAUGCUGAGGAGUGCGCAUGGUUCUAGGACUUUCCUUUAUCCAGUUGUUGAUCCUUGCGAUCUGCGAGGAUUUGAGGUCCUCUCCGUAUUCCAUCCUACUGAUGAUGUUAUUAAUUCUGUGGUCAUUGCACGUAAAUUUCCAAUGACUAAACACUCCAUUGAGCAGCCUCUUGGCCCAACAAAACUUCCCAACAAGUUUUUUGACAUUGAAAUGUUCAGUCCCCUCAACCAUGUGAACCUGGUGGAGGAGCUUGAUAUUGAGGAGCAACGCUCCUGAACCAUGACUAUCCAUUUUAACUCUCGCCAUGGUGUUCUUCUAUCACGCUCAUCAAGGUGUUCUUAAUUUGAAUUGCUUUUCGCUAUGUUUCUGCUGCUUGUCUAACAAGUUAUCUACUAGCAACAUUUUUCCAUUCUCUGUCCUUGAAUCCCCAGUCUUAAUAAAUUAGGAUAUCCGGUUCAGCCUGGUCUGGUUCAAGAAAUGUUAUCAAGGUGAUGCAUAUUUUACUGAUUGGUCUUUAAUUUUCUUCUUUGCAUGCCAUGAUAUAUAGGAUAUCUAUCUAUAAGCAAGGAAGCAGGCAUUUUUAUUCACCUUUCAUCCUAAGGUCUUAUUGUAUCAUUGAUUUCUCCAAUUGAAAGCAAAAAAAAAAUUGUCUCU